CUCAACACACGUCGAUUUUCGCCCGCGAGAGAACGUAGUUAUCGCGGGAUUCAUUGGUUCUAACUCGAAGAUUGUUUUGCUCAGCAACUUCUCCUACAGGCUAUAGCUACAUAGCGAUGAACUCUGCAUGAACUGACCAAAGGUCUACUCAACUAGUCAAAGUCAACACCAUCUGCUUCACAAUCGUGUAUAUGGGUUUACAGAGUUGGCAUAUUUGGGCUUCACAUGAACCAAAGCCCAAAACUAGCGCAGGCCCAACUUCAACUGGGCUCCUCUAAUUGCCGGCCUAACUUCAUAUCACCAUUUUGUUUCCCCUCGCCGUCGCCGGUCUCCACUGUCCAUUCCAAAACGAAAGCUUCCCAGGUUUUCAACUGCUCUCUCGCCGCCGUCUAACCCUUCUCUCGUCUCCUCCUUCUACUUUCUGUAACCUCUAAAAAAUUGUAUUAGUGGUUUGGGGCCGCCGGGUAAACAAAAAAUUCGACGCAACCCAAAUUCGGCAUAGCCGCGGGAAGAACAUUCCCGCGCAGAAUCGAAGUUGCCGGUGCUCCCCUCGAUUGCUUCGGAAUGGAAGGAUUAAGCGUGGUUGCGGCCAACUUGAAAGUCUUCCUCCAGCCUUCGCAGAGCAAUAAUCUCUCUCUAGCUAUCUUCCGCGAGCUCAGCGCGUUGCUCUUCAAGUACCAUGAUGAAUUCGACGGUGUUUUAUUAGCUUAUAAUGUUCAUGCUCCGGAGAAUAAGGGGCGAAUCCUUCCUGGUGUUCACCCGUUCAUUGCUGUGAGGCUUGAAGCUAAAUUGCUUGUCUUUUCGCCUAAGCCAGGCAUGCUUUUAGAAGGGAAGGUGGUGAAAGUGACUGAAGAGUCUACUAUUCAUGUCAUUGUUCUCGGUUUCUCGUCGGCUGUAAUAACAGAUGAGGAUAUCCGCAAUGAGUUCAAAUACAAGACGAAACACGGCCAGGGUUUGUAUGUCAACAGAUCUAACAGGAAGCAUGUGAUUAAGGCUGGAACUUUGAUUCGUUUUAUUGUCAAGAGUAUGAACGAAGAGACACUCCACAUCUAUGGAUCAUUGAAACCUGCCAACACUGGAAGCAUCAAGAUAUUGGAGAACUCAUCAGAGUACACCAACACAGAAAGUGUCACAAUCAACAGCACUCCCAACAAAAGGAGAAGAAGAGAAGAAGUGGCGCAGAUGACCGAGCAUGGCGGCUUUGUCAAGGAUGCUCCUUCGCAUAACAAUUAUGAUCGUGAAAUUAAGAAGUCCCGAAGAAGCUGACCACCCAUCGAAAUUCGGAUUAGUGAAAUGUUUGUAGUUUAUCUUGUUAUUGGUGAUUGACUGCGUAUAAAUGACUGCUUAUGCGCUUUCAAGAUACGAAAUAUUGGUUUUGCUAACAAAUUGAGGUUUCAAUUCCUAUACUCAUUUGAUUGAUGGAAUGGAGCUUGAUUAAUGCCCUGUUCAAGUUGUUUGUAUCCUGAUCUAGAUAUACUCAGCUUAGUUGUCAAACCAAUAAUUCCCUAUCGAGUGC